AGCAUGUAGAACAAAUACUUUUUAGUGAAAGUAUUGGGUCAGAUCGUCUGACCCAAUACCUUACGUCGGACGGGCUUAGCCCAUCAAAACGCGCGGGUUUUUUUUCCAUAUUUGUCUUCUUUCUUUUUGUUGAUUAGCAGCUUUGUUUAUUUUAAAAAAAACAUUUAACGGUUAUUAGGUUAUAUCUUUUUACGAGUUUGAAACUGUUUUUUCGAUAUCUUCUUGAUUCUCGCUAGUUUUAAAACUGAUUCUUCUUCUUUUUAAAGAAACCGAUAUUUUUAUAUUAAUUACUGAUUAUUUCUAGAAUUUUUCUGGUUCUCUGCUUCUCUGCUUCUCUGCUUCUCUGCUUCUCUGUUGUUGAAAUUUAGCUUGUUUUUUUGUUCGUAAUUCAUUACUGUUGCAUCGCAAAUAUGGUGAAGAGGAUCAGAGAUGAUGGUUCUAGGUAUAAUUUCGUUUGAUUUUUGCUGCAUUUUUUUUUUUCAAAUUCUUAGCGUUUUGUUGUUGUAAUUGUAAUGUAGCCCGAAGUCGAAGAAGGUGAAGAGUGUUGCAUCUUCAGGAAAAAUUUUGGUACUGUCUACUGCUGGGAAGAAGAAAGAGAAAGAUGGUGAUUAUGAUCCAAGAUAAACCAGUUGAGGUUAUAGAUGAUGAUGCCUUUAGGAGGAAAGGUAGUCAGAUAGAGGCUGGAAGUGCCAGGAAGGAUUGGCAUAGGUUCCUUGGUAUUUCUGACCCCAAGAAGCCAUACAUUGGUAGAAAAAAUUGGGAUGAUUUGUUUAAGAAAUAUCAAUCUAGGGAUGAUUUGAAGAAGUUAUUUGUUAUCUUUUCCUUGUCCAAGCUUCUAUGUCCAAUAGCUGAUUUAGGGCCUGUGCUGAAGUGUGCCAAGAGUUUAGAAGAUGUAUCUACGAUUUCAAGCUAUGACUGGUGUGGAUAUAUCUUAAGAAGUCUUUGUGCUGCUGUUUUGGACUGUCAUCAGUGUAUUAUGAUGAAGAAGAAUGAGCUGGGACAGAAGAAAGUAACAUUCAAGCUUCGGGGAUGCAUUAGCGCUUUGACUCUUGCUGAAGAGAAGGAUUUGAGUAGUGUUGUGAAGCAGUUUGAGAUCAACAUGGAUUUUAUUCUGACGGUGAAGCGUGAAAAACAGAAGCUUGAGUUUAAAGCUCCUAAUGUUAGUGCUGCUAGUAGGAAGUCUGACUGCAGAAGCAAGGAAGGGGAGCAAAGCAUAGCAAUGGUUGUUGCAGAGCCUUGA